AUGAAAAGUAGCAUUAUCCCACCCAUUCUCUUGAUGUAUGCAAUCAUUAAUCAUAUAUAUGUCUCUAGAGCAGGCUGUCUAGCGCGUAUAUUACCGCACGAACUUGGAAUUCAAAUUGCUAACAAGAAAAUACAACUUAAAGCUGUCACCAAUGAGCUAUUUUAUACUUUCAAGUGCCAUUCUGAUUUCCUUGCAUCUGUUUCUGUAAAUGGAAGAACAAUUUCCAGAGUAAUUCAUUUUCAAGAAACAAAAGUUAAUUUAAUUUAUUCAUUUGAUAAUACUUUUAUUGAACUGUCUAUAACUCUUACUCAUAGCUCCUGGUCUGUCCUUGAUUCAUCAAUCGAUUCAUUUGGAGCUUACAAGGGUCAAGCCUACUAUGUUGAGGAUAGCACUCUUGAAACUUCUUAUGAAAAUGUAUUUACUCUUCAAAAGCAGUUUCCAUUAUUUUUAAAACUCCAAUCGCAUCAAAGUAUUGUCUACGUUGACAUUAUCAAUAAAAUUGUCAUCAAGUCCAGCCCUAUCAUCCGAAAAUAUUGUAUUCUUAGAAAACUAAGCAGAUUUUUGGCCAGCAACAUCCCGCAAAGACAUGUUUUUGCUUCUGAAAAGAUUUUGAUCGAUCGUACCUGUUUGAUAGAAAAUGCCUUGGCAUACUUUUUACCCGCAAUGAAAAUUCAAAGUGUAUACCACAUCAAGAUCGCAUUUCUAGACGAAAUGGGUGAAGACCAGGGAGCCUUAAAACGCGAGUUUUUAUAUCUUCUUUUUAAUAAGCUAGUAGCUGAUCUCAGAGUUGAUAAAAGUUCAGAUAUUUACGAUGUCAAGGCGGACGUCGACUGCCCCGAAUUUGACUACUUUUACACGAACAGAAGUGACCAGGUUGGGAUCUUGGACGACAUUUUAAAGGAUGAUUCUUCCGACACAGCGAAGUAUUUCGUGCUUUUGGGUGCCACGGUAGCCUCUUUAUUUCUGCUUUCCGAAACCCUGCAAUGCAACUUCUCCCUGCUUUUUUAUGAAUCUCUUCUUUCAAGAAAGUUUACAAUAAGACACAUUCAGGAUGUUGAGCUCCAAAGACAUAUCGGAACAGUCGAUAGUACGAAGUAUAUCAGCGAGUGCCUGUUCAAGCCACGCCAAAACCAGUAUGAUCAUGUUAAAUUUGGAUUCGACUUUGUACUAGACUCAACAAACAGUAGUACCAGCAUAUCUAAGAAACUUCCAGAUUUCUUUUGUGCGUUUGAUUUUCCCUUUAUUUUCCAUCAUCUUGAUCCAAUAAACACAGAUGUACUCAGAAAUAAGGUAUGCUAUGUCAAUUGCAGCUCAACUACCAAAGAGAUAAUCUGGCUGUGGAGGGAGCUAAGUAACAAGGACCAGCACUUUCUCUCAAAGUUUCUCCUUUUCAUAACAGGCUCGGGAAAUCCGACCAAUUCGAUAAACGAAUGGAUGUUUACGAUAGAGAAAGUGAAUACAAAUAAUGAAAUGUUCAGAGCUAGUGCCUGUGUUAAAAGACUAUACAUUUCUGGUUUUGAUUCACAGGAAAGCCUCUCCAAAUCUUUAGAUAUAAGCGUUUUGAAUGCUGAAGGAUUUCAUUUCAUAUGA